AAAUCUAUCGGCGAGGUCAAGCGGGCCUACCCCACACCACCACUCCCACCGCCGCUUUCGCCGAGCGCGUUCCCGCACCGCGGGGGCGAACCGAGCCUGGUAGCCUACGAACUUGAAAGUUAAUUCGAAUUGUGUCCAUUUCGUUUAAGUCGUUAACUCGCACCCUUAUAAGGUAGCGCAGUUCGCCAAAGGCCGAGCGACAUGGAGGCUCUAAUCCCGGUGAUUAACAAGCUGCAGGACGUCUUCAACACGGUCGGAUCGGAGUCCAUUCAGCUUCCUCAAAUAGUCGUGGUGGGGGCCCAGAGCAGCGGAAAGAGCUCGGUGUUGGAGAGCCUGGUGGGGCGAGACUUCCUCCCCCGUGGCACGGGCAUCGUGACGCGUCGGCCGCUCGUCCUACAACUCGUCCACGUCGUACCUGACGAACGCAUCAGGCCCGGAGGAGAAGAGAAUGCCGACCGGAGUCAGAGAGGAGAAACACGCGCAGGAGUCGAGGCUGAAGAAUGGGGAAAGUUUUUGCACACCAAGAACAAGAUCUACUCAGAUUUUAGUGAAAUUCGCCAGGAGAUUGAAAAUGAGACCGAACGGAUCACGGGCACCAACAAGGGAAUCAGUUCCGAGGCCAUCCACCUCAAGAUUUUCUCUCCACAUGUGCUCAACCUGACGUUAGUCGACCUGCCGGGCAUCACAAAGGUUCCGGUCGGCGAUCAGCCUGUGGAUAUCGAGCAACAGAUCCGAGAACUUAUCAUCAAGUUUAUUGGAAACCCCAACUCCAUCAUCCUCGCCGUCACAGCUGCCAACACAGACCUGGCCACCUCCGAGGCCCUGAAAAUCGCACGUGAAGUGGAUACCGAUGGGCGACGCACCCUCGCCGUCAUCACAAAGCUCGACCUCAUGGACGCCGGCACGGACGCGAUGGACAUCCUGACGGGUCGUGUCAUCCCCGUCAAGCUCGGCAUCAUCGGCGUCGUCAACAGGAGUCAGCUGGACAUCAACACGAAGAAGAUCAUCUUAGACGCGAUGCAGGACGAGCAGACCUUCAUGCAGAAGAAGUACCCGUCGCUCGCCAACCGCAACGGAACCAAGUUCCUUGGCAAGACCCUCAACAGGCUGCUCAUGCACCACAUCCGCGACUGCCUUCCCGAGCUGAAGACGCGCGUGAACGUGAUGGCGGCGCAGUACCAGUCGCUGCUGGGCGGCUACGGGAACCCCGUGGACGACAAGAACGCCACGCUGCUUCAGCUCGUCACCAAGUUCGCCGCCGAGUACUGCAACACCAUCGAGGGCACGGCCAAGCACAUCGAGACCUCCGAGCUGUGCGGGGGGGCGAGGAUCUGCUACAUCUUCCACGAGACGUUCGGCCGCACCCUGGAGUCGGUGGACCCCCUGGGCGGCCUCACCACACUGGAUGUCCUCACCGCCAUCCGCAAUGCCACGGGCCCCCGACCAGCGCUAUUUGUCCCGGAGGUGUCGUUUGAGCUGCUCGUGAAGCGUCAGAUCAAGCGGCUGGAGGAGCCGAGCCUGCGCUGCGUGGAGCUGGUUCACGAGGAGAUGCAGAGGAUCAUCCAGCACUGCAGCAACUACAGCACACAGGAACUGCUGCGAUUCCCCAAGUUGCACGAUGCCAUCGUGGAGGUCGUGACCUGCCUGCUACGCCGCCGACUCCCCGUCUCUAACGAAAUGGUCCACAACCUGGUUGCUAUCGAGCUGGCGUACAUCAACACCAAGCAUCCGGACUUCGCCGACGCUUCCAUGGUGUCCACGCAGAUCAACAACAGCCUGGAGGACCAGAGGCGGCGCAACCGCACCUUCCCAGGGAUGCAGGGUGACUCCGCAGCAGUUGUGGAUGGCAAAGGACCCAAGGCGGGGCAGGAGGCUCAGGAGGGGGCGCCGGGGCCCCAGGCCUGGCGUCGCGGGAUCAGGGCGGAGGAUGGAGACGACAAAGCUCGCGCCGCCGGGAACCACCACACUCCGGCGUCUUUCAACAGCCCCAUGAAGGGCCCACCCUCCAUCAACCUCCUGGAUGUGCCUGUGCCAGUUUCACGGAAGCUGUCGGCAAGGGAGCAGAGGGACUGUGAGGUGAUUGAGAAGCUCAUCAAAUCUUACUUCCUCAUUGUCCGGAAAAACAUACAGGACAGCGUGCCAAAGGCGGUGAUGCACUUCCUGGUGAACCACGUGAAGGACAACCUGCAGAGUGAGCUGGUGGGGCAGCUCUACAAGCAGCAGCUGCUGGACGAGCUCCUCACGGAGUCGGAGGACAUGGCCCAGCGCCGCAAGGAGGCAUCCGACAUGCUGAAGGCACUGCAGCGAGCCAGCCAGAUCAUUGCCGAGAUCCGAGAAACGCACCUGUGGUGAAGUGACUUGGUCUAACCGAAUCACCAGACCACAAGUCCACCGGCUUACCGGGAGGGAUCAGCCACCCCAGCUCCUCCAAGGAGGCCAAGUCGCGACGGCUUCAGGAUUGAAUAACAUUCACCACGGGUUUUUGAAACAGAGCGCGGCUGUCCACACGUUGGUGAGCGAACUGUGCACCCUGCGUGCGCCAAACGGCACGGAGAGAAAAAAAAACUCGAGGCAAACUUAGUAAUCGGUGAGGCAGGGCUGCGCUGGGGCGUGGGCUCCGUAAAAUAAAACCUGUGCUGGACCACGAGAAAAUCCUUUUGGAGUAUAAAUCAGCCGUUGAGUAAUGCGCGACGUCUGGGGUAAAAUUUAUUUUAUUUUGAACUGGGUGUGUGUAAAAAAAGGAGAGCGUUUUCAUGAUGAUUAAUGUCGUAUCGUACCGACCUCACGAGCAUCACAAUAAACGCAUAGUUUUAGCUCACGAUUUGCGCAACACUUUUCUCCAACGUGAACCAUUGCCGCGUUGUUGUCUGUCGAGCCCUCAUCCAUACACAAUAACCCAUCCACGUUGGCAUGGCCCCACCUCUCCCUAGUGUAAGUACACAUACUUGCUGCUUGCAUUCGUGGAAGUUACAUUUGCACCAUUUGUGCGUAAAGAGGGGGAGCAUGCUUGAAUUAUUUUUUUACCUACUGCCAUUAAAUUAUACAUUUGUGCGUAGCUGCUUAACAUAACCACGCAUUCGGAGCGGUCUUUUCUGUUAACAAGGCUGGUUUAUUCGAUGAAGUCGAUGGUCUGAACACGUAUUGCCUUUAUUUAUUACAGUAGUCGCAGGGAAGCAAUGUACCACUCGCAACCCCACCUAACAAGGACUGCACGAUUCAUCCAGAGCAGGGGUUUACAACCCUGGCAGCUCAUUGCACUCCACGUCUCUAAUGCCCAUCAACCAAAUAAGCAAUGCACCUCUAUGUAAUUUUCCUGGCGUGUGGCGGUGGUGAUAUGUUUUCACGAUGGAAUCUUCAGAGGUUGUGUGUGGACAUCUGAUAUGAAGACGAUAUUAAAAUCCAGUUGUAUUGCAAUGCAGCAACUUACAGAUGGGACUUGGUGGGUCACGUGGAAAUUGAGCUAUUGUAUGCAUUGAGCAGUACAGCAAGUAGGCAUUUGAGCAUUCUCCCCCUUGUAGCCGGGUUUUCUCCAGGUACUCGAGUUUCAUCCCCACACACCUACUUGUGAUGACUCUUGAGGCUUGGCGUGGCUUUCCUGGGCAAAUACUAACAUUACUUUAAUUUUGCAUGGUGAUUAUAGAUUCCUGCGGGAAUAUGGACCAUGAGGGGGGGAAAUACAGGGUUUGACAUUGACGUAGAGAGAAUAGUGCAACUUGAUGCAGUAUGUUUUUGAUUUACACUCAAAACAACUUUAAAGCCAACUUCGCCUGCGUGAGAAGAAUUUGCGUGAAGUCGUGCCCCAAGUCUUGCCGUCAUCGGUGGCAUACAUGGAAAGCUCUGUAACAGACAAGUAGCCCUACAACAAACUUAUCUGGAUAAUAUGCUUGUAAAUGAGCCGAUUGAACCAUGGUUUCACAAGCUGUAUAAAGCUCCUGCUGAAUUGUGAAAGAAAAUAAUGCUCGUCAAAAACUGUCCAUAAAAUUGAAUGAAAAAAAUAUACGGGAAGCCUGCUCUUUUGGUUCUGAUGCUGCUGCACUGACUUUCUGAGUGACUUUAAUGCAAAUCUGUCUCUUUUGAGUAUGGAAAGUGACAGAAUUCAAUGCAUACUCAACAUUUUGCUUGGCGUGAUAUUCGCCCAGGCUAGAAUACAAAGCAUAAGAGCUGAAUCUGUCAACUCAUUAACGUAGAAUUAUUGUUGUACAAACGCGUUAAUUUCUCGCCGAAUAUUAUCCCGGUUGCUAAAUUGCACAAGUAGGCACGUGACUAGUAGCCAUGGCCAUAACCAGGAGGUGCACUGGAUGUGGUGUGCCGGAUGCAUACAUAUUUUGAGGGUCAUCGACCCGGACAGACUGAUCUGAAAUGAAUCCCUGGUUGUACUUGCUAGAAAAAAUUAAAUAAAAAUACAAAUUUGAGCUCAUGUUGACACUGCAACCGUCUCACGGGUUUUAAGCCGGCAUGACAUUUGUUAGGGCACAGGCUUAGAAUAUAACUCUCAUGGGGGUAUUUGAGUGGCGCGUGUUUUUUUUAUACGUGCAUGAGCUAUCCUGAAGUCCCCAAUGAAAUGAAACCUGUUUUGUGUUGCACAGACAAGAAUGCCACGAGGUUUUUGAGAAGGCAGUGGCACGUGCAGUGGCUGCUGUGUAUGGCUCCCGGUGAAUUGUAAGACUCCUUUUGUUUUAUAACAAUUAUACAUGUGUCAUUAAAAGCAAAAGGUGAAGACAUCGGUGAAGGCA